GGAAAGGGGGAAUAACUCAGUUUUAGGUAAGUCGUGUUAUAUCCAAGAAUAACCUGCCUCUUCAGCUGGGAAGCGGAAGGAAACUUCUCCUCCUUAAAGGACUGUUGCCGAAUCAAGGAAGAAUUUUUAUUUUUAUUUGAAACAAAGUUCCCAUGGUGGUAGAGUUCCAGUCCUGGCUUUUCAGACUGGCUGCUCCGGGCGGUCUGGCUGGCCUGGACAGAGCUCAUGUCCUGGACAAGCAGCGGUGUCUUGCUCCAUCCUCAUCCCCGUCCUGAGGAAUGGACGUCUUCAGGUGCAGAGGCCAGAAGACCCAAAGGAGAGCCUGCGGAGCCCAGGCCUCUUGGAGCAUCUUUGGGGCUGACACAGCAGAGGUUCCGGGCACCUGCGGCCACUCCUGUCAGAAGGCUGCCAUGCCCCACAUUCCUGAGGAUGAGGAGCCCCCCGGAGAGCCACAGGCAGCCCAGAACCCCAACAGCCAAGGCCCUCCAGCCAAGGGAGUAUCUUGCAGCCCACCCACCAUUGUCCUGACUGGGGAUGCCAGUUCACCAGAGGGAGAAACUGACAACAACCUGGCCAACAGAGCUCACAGUCCCCACCGGAGGCUUUCUCACCGACACUUGAAGGUUUCCACGGCUUCCCUGACUUCUGUGGACCCUGCAGGGCAUGUCAUUGACCUAGUAAAUGACCAGCUGCCAGACAUCAGCAUCUCAGAGGAGGACAAGAAGAAAAACCUGGCUCUGCUGGAGGAAGCCAAGCUGGUGAGUGAGCGAUUCCUGACCCGCCGUGGGAGGAGGUCCAGGAGCAGCCCCGGAGACUCCCCGUCAGCUGUUUCCCCAAACCUCAGCCCCGGAGCUUCUCCUACAUCCUCGAGGAGCAACUCACUGACGGUCCCCACACUGCCCGGUUUGGAUGCAUGCAGUAGCCUGCAGUCCCUUCUAUCUGGAGCACCAACACAGCAGAAGGGGGAUGAGGCCGAAGUCUCUUCACCUCACCUUGGCGAGCCUAAUAUCCCCAAAGGGCUAGCUGACCGGAAGCAAAAUGACCAGAGGAAAGUGUCUCAGGGCAGGCUAACUCCUCGCCCUCCCACAGUUGAGAAGUCCAAAGAGAUUGCAAUAGAACAAAAGGAAAACUUUGAUCCCCUCCAGUGCCUAGAAGCCCCACCUAAAGGCCCAGCUUCUGGCAUAGGCUGUGGUGGGAAAAUGGCUCUGAACAGCCCCCAGCCUGGCCCUGCUGAGAGCGAGCUGGACAAGCUACUCCUGAAAACAGCCAGGGAGGGCAACCCUCUGCCCCGAAGUCCAGCCCAGGGCUCUGGAGGGGCAGUACCCCCAGACCCCCAGGGCAAAGGCACAACUGGAGAGCCAGCGGGAUCCAAGGUUGCCUCCAAAGCCGAGCCUCUGCCCCUUCCUUCCCGGCCACCCUUGCUUCGGGGGGUCUCCCGGGACAGUGCCCCUGAAGAACCUGGCCCCCGGCUGCAGAAAGUGCUUGCCAAGUUGCCCCUGGCAGAGGAAGAGAAGCGUUUUGCAGGCAAAGCCAGCAGCAAGGUGGCCAAGGCACCUGGACUCAAAGACUUUCAGAUACAAGUGCAGCCUGUGAGGAUGCAGAAACUGACCAAGCUCCGAGAGGAGCACAUCCUGAUGAGAAAUCAGAACUUAGUGGGGCUCAAGCUUCCAGACCUUAGCGAAGCGGCUGAGCAGGAAAAAGGACUCCCACCUGAACUGUCCCCAGCUAUCGAGGAAGAAGAGUCAAAGAGUGGCUUGGAUGUCAUGCCCAAUAUUUCUGACAUGCUGCUGCGCAAACUGCGGGUCCACAAGUCUCUUCCUGGAAGUGCCCCUCCGCUCACUGAAAAGGAAGUUGAGAACGUGUUUGUACAACUGUCGUUGGCCUUCAGAAAUGACAGCUAUACCCUGGAAUCUAGAAUUAACCAGGCUGAAAGGGAACGCAACCUGACGGAAGAGAACACAGAGAAGGAACUGGAAAAUUUCAAAGCUUCCAUUACGUCUUCAGCUUCUCUCUGGCAGCACUGUGAGCACCGGGAGACUUACCAGAAGCUGCUGGAGGACAUCGCUGUCCUACACCGCCUGGCCACCCGCCUCUCCAGCCGGGCUGAGAUGGUGGGGGCCAUCCGCCAGGAAAAGCGCAUGUCAAAGGCAACAGAGGUGAUGAUGCAGUAUGUGGAGAACCUGAAGAGGACGUAUGAGAAGGACCAUGCGGAGCUCAUGGAAUUUAAAAAACUGGCGAAUCAGAAUUCAAGCCGCAGCUGCGGCCCCUCUGAAGACGGGGUCCCUCGCACAGCGCGGUCCAUGUCCCUCACUCUGGGAAAGAACAUGCCCCGCCGGAGGGUCAGCGUUGCCGUGGUUCCCAAGUUUAAUGCCCUGAACCUGCCCAGUCAGCCUGCAAGCUCAUCACCCAUCCCCUCCUUACCGGCCCUGUCGGAAUCACCUAAUGGGAAAGGCAAUCUCCCUGUCGUCACCUCAGCACUGCCUGCACUUUUGGAAAAUGGAAAAACAAAUGGGGACCAAGACUGUGAAGCUUCGGUUCCUAUGCCAACUCCGAGCUGCCUGCAGGAGUUUAGCCAGGAGGCCAAGGCCGGGAUGGAGGAAGAAGGGUUCAACAAGAGAUACCAGGAAGGUCUAAAGAAGACCAAAGAGCUCCAAGAACUAAAGGAGGAGGAAGAAGAACGGAAGAGCGAGAGUCCUGAGGAUACUGAAGAGGCAGAAGACAUUGAGGAUGAGGGAAAGGACCAGAGAAGCAGCAAACUUGAAGAGUUGGUUCAUUUCUUACAAGUCAUGUAUCCCAAACUGUGUCAGCACUGGCAAGUCAUCUGGAUGAUGGCUGCAGCGAUGUUGGUCUUGACUGUUGUGUUGGGGCUGUACAAUUCCUAUAACUCUUGUGUGGAGCAGGCCGAUGGGCCCCUUGGAAGAUCCACCUGCUCGGCAUCCCAGAGGGACUCCUGGUGGAACUCAGGACUCCAGCAUGAGCAGCCUACAGAACAGUAGGAAACCUGCCAUCCAGCCAGUGCCCUGCUCCAGCACACAAGCCCAUCAUCCUUUCCCCACAUUGCAGCGCUGUUGGCCUGGCGGGGGGCAUGCUGCCACCAGCCCAUCAGGGAAUGAGCAGGGCUCCCUUCACUAUCAGCUCCUCUGUGGGAGUUAUUCAUACAUAGUACCUGAUGUUCUUGGAGGAUCAACAGAACUGCCCUGGGGGAGCAGCCAGUGGAUGAAGAAGUCACCUUCACCAAGGAACUCUAAUGGAAAGGAAGGUCACCUGACCUUAGCUCAGAUGGCCAGAAGAAAUAGAACACCUUCACUGCAAGGGACAGUAAGAAACUCACUUGUCCCCCUUUCCUCUUUGCAGAAGGAAAUCAGGAAGAAUUUUUCCUAAAGCCUAACUCCAACCCCAAGGAUCAGGCCUAGAAUUUAGAGUCACAACAUGAAUAUCCUGCCAUUUCCCAUCUCAUUCUCACUGACUCUCUCUCUCUGCCACUUUGGAAUCAGAGUUUCUCUUUACAGAAGUGGGAAAGGUUUCUCAGAAAAAUAUUCAGGCUGAGUUUAGUUCAGUGCUUGAAAUUCAAUGGGAAGAUGUGAAUUAAUAUAUAUGCACCUGUACGCACACAACACACACAUAGCACACACGUGCAUGAAGCCAACAACCAUCCAAACAUGUGCUCUGGGUGCUCCGGAUAAAGCCAGCCCACAGAUUUUCACUAAGUAUGGGGCAGUCACCAGGCACCUGCUUAAUGAGCUCUCCACAUGGAUUUAAGGUGUUUGAGGAACACAGAAAACUCAUGGCUUCAGUGGUGAACUUGCUGGUCUCCAUUUCGAGUACUAAUACUAAGCUGCUGUACAGCACAGACUAUUCCCUGGUUGUUCUCUUCCCAUUGGGAGGAGUCAGCCCACUUCUCGGGUGAAUGAGGAGACAUGGUGUGCUUUCAGCUUCCGUGGGCCCACAUGCAGGUGCGCAGUUGCACCUUAGUGCUUCAGUUUAAAUGGAAUUUCGAACUCAAACAUCUGUUUCAGAGCAUCCCCAGCUGUUUAGUAGAACCCUGACAGAGCACAUCCCACCUUCAAUUUGACUUCUCACUCCACCUUCACAGCCUUCAUUCAUCCCUCAUCAGGUUUGGGGGGAUUGGUUUCUGUGUAGGUUUUAUUGUUGUUUCGCUUUUGUUUUUGUUUUGUUGUUGAAGUUGUUUUUGUUGCUAAUAUUCAGAAUAUAAAACUUACUAUGAGACAAACACGGUUCUAGGUAUUAAUAUAGGUUAUUAAUUCAUUUAUUCCUCAAGAAAAACAAAAAACUAUGAAGUGCAUAUUACUCUUCUCAUUUGCAGAUAAGGAAACUGAAGUGCAAAAAAACACAAGAAACUCUCCAAGGACACCAAGUUAGCAAAUCAUGGGGCCGGAACUCCACCCCAGGCAGGUUGGCCCAGGGGCCGUGCUCUUAACCGCUGCACCAAGUCGCCUCUUCCCGUGUUCUCCUAACCAGAUGCCUUGCACUCCAGUCCCACAGCGCAAGUGGUCCUUGAGCACCUCCAAACCAUUUCUGGUUCCCAGACUAACCUGUUUUCUCUCACGGCUCUGUUCCUCCACCCACUAGUUUUCCUUCUGCCAUUCUCAGUUAUUCUGGUCACUCUUCAGGACCAAGAGCAAAACCGUCUCCUCUAUACAGGCUUUAAUGACCUCCCUCCAACUCCCUACAACUCCCCACACAAUAGGACACACCCUCCUCUGUGCUCUCUGGUACUUUUUAAACAUCUUCAUCAUUGACCAUUACAACAGUAUUUAACAAUGACCUAUUUGUGCAUCUCUCUCCCCUAGCAUUUUUACCUCGAAGACAAGAAUCAUGUCUUACCCAUUCCCUGAGUAAGGGCCUCGUAUGGUUGCCAGUGCUUGGGAGGUUGCCAUUAGAUGUUGGUCAAAAGAACAAAAGAGCCUUCGAGGUGGUGGAGAGCAGCCUGGGGACAGGUGACAUUUUGCAUACUUCCCAAAACCGGCACCAUCAACAAUAAGAAAAUCUUUUUUAGCCUCAACUUAUUCGAAUAUUCUUCAGUUUACUCUGAGAACAGAAAUGAGGCCUAACCAGCAACAUCUUUUCCAAGCUCAAGAAGGAGGCUUGAUGCAACCACUCCUUUCAGAGGACCCACCUAGAUUAGUCGCCAUGUUAAAGCAGCAGGUUGACAUAAGGGGGGCAUCAUUUACAGUGGCUGGAAAAUCACUGUGAGAGAAGCCCAAGCUAGGGUGACCAAGGAUGUGCCAUUAAGGUAAAGAGGUGAAGAUCAAGGCAGACAGACUUUCAGGGCAUGGAUGGGUGGUUUAUCCUGCCCCUUCUAGGGAGACCAAACACACUGAAGGAGCUCUAGGCCCUCAGAGCCAAAGACGGGGUGUAAAUAGAGCCCUUGAGAGAGUAGCUGUGGGACAGGGCUCUAGGCUGGCAAUGUCCAGUCUCAGCCUCUCCUAAAGAAGGACCAGGCUGAGCUGGACUCUUGUCCACUUGAUCAUAGGGUUCCCACCUUUGUUUCCAGUUGAGACAAAGGCCAGGAGAGGGUGUGCCAUGAGUCCCUGAACUUCCAGUUUCUCCACAGACAGGCUUGCAAGAGUAUUCCCAGAUGAGGCCCUCACCCAAACUCUGAGAGUACGUGAAGCUGAGGAAAAGAAGGGAUGUAAGAGUAACCACAUUUCCAAGGGUAUUCCUGAAAAAGUACUCAUUGCUAUUUCUUUUCUGAAAAGCAAAGGUUGACCUGAAGCAGAUGGUACUGUUGCCAAAGCAGCAGUGAAAUGGAGAGAAACGGGCCCUGUAUUUCCAACAGUGAUAUUGAUUUGAAAUAAAAGUUCCCCUCAAAAUGUC